AUGAGCCAACGUGCAUUUUUUUCCACAGCGGGUUCGGGAAUUAUGGGACAGUCUCAGAUCCUUGAUGGCUUACCUGCAGCUAAUAUAGAACCUGUUGUAACCACGGUGCAGUUCCAAUCAUCAGAAUUUGAUUUUUAUGUGGCUGUGUUACCGGCUGGAGUACAAAUAAACGACGCCUCUGGCUUAAUACCAGCAAAUGGAAGAGGCAGUUUGGCCUCCGUAGGGACAGUUGAUACCACUAGUUCAGUAGCUCAGUUAGCGGCAGUUCCACUAUCUCAUGUCCAGUUGGCGCCAGUCCAAUUGGCAAAUGAUGGACAAUCAAACUCUCAGCAACAAAUUAUAUAUGAGCAUUACUAUGUUGAUCAACAACAUCCGUCAACUUCGACGACUCUCAACUCUAACUCUCGUGGUCUUCUUUCAGAAUCUACUUCAUCUGGGAGCAAGGACUUUAUGAACAAAAGUGGUGGCAAUGAAACGUGUACACCGAAUUCCGAUUAUGCCAUGUCAUUACAACUAAAACGGCAAAAACAAGCUGAUGCAGCACGACAGAGAUACCAGCGAAUGACUGUUGAAGAAAGAAAAGAAGUGAAUCAGAAACGAACUGAAGCACAAAAGCGUAAGCGGCAGAAAGAUAAAGAAUUAGAGGAGUUGGAAUCUCUGUUGCGUCAGUCAAGGGAUAUUGAAGAUGACCCUGCUGUUAAUGAACAAUUGAGAGAAAAACGAAUACGAGCAAGACGUGCUGAGGCUGCUCGACUGCGCUAUCAGCGAAUGAGUUCAGAGGAAAGGCGUGCAUAUAAUCAAAGAAGACGUUUUCGGCAGCUUGGUAUUCAAGGUACGAAAAAGAAUGCAAUGGAUGAAGAGAAACUUCGGCAACAUAUUAUCGAGCAAAAUGCUAAAAAAGCCGAAGCUGCCAGAUUACGAUACCAUCGUAUGACUGAUGAAGAAAAACGGCAAUAUAAUCAGCGAAGAACCGAGGCGUUCCGUCGUAGACGUAUUGAAGAAGAAAUUUUAUUGUCAACUCCAGCAGGACGUAUCAGUGCAGAAGCUCUGAAUAAAGCGCAGCAAAUUAUGUUGCGCAAUGCUAAGCGAGCUGAGGCUGCUCGAUUGCGUUAUCAGCGCAUGACACCGGAACAGCGACGAGCAUACAAUCAAAAAAGAUCUCGAGCUAAGAAAGAACGUGAAAGAGUGUUGCGUGCUGCCUCAGAAGAUGCUAUGUCAAGCUUAUCAUCCUCGAUAAAUGGUAAUGAAAAUGCUCUACAAAUCAACAGCCGUACUGGUACUAUGGAACAGAAACCGGUUAUAGAGAGUGUUGUUAGCGAAGAGGUCUUAUCCACUUUAGAAAAAGACGUUCUUAAACGAACACGACAGGCCAAUAUGGUUCUUAUGCGGCAGAAAAGACUCGCACCUCAAGAACAGUUUGUUAUCGUGAGCACAAAUCCUGAUGGCACGCAGACGGUUAUCCCAGCUACAACUACAGAAGAUGGUAAACAAGUGUUUCACAUUCCAGCUACCCCAGCAACAACUGAGGAUGGCAAGCAGGUGUUUCAUGUUCCAGCUAUUACACAGCAGCUUCUGAGUGCUGAUCCCAAUUCUUUAACGUUAGUUGAUGAUCCGAGUAAGCUGAUCGGAAAUUCACACCAACCAAUUCAUUUGACUACUAUCCCACAGCUUUUGAAUAUACCUAAUCAGCAGCAGAGUAAUAAUCAUGAUCAUGGAGAUUCCGUGCAUCAGAUUGCAAUGACUCAGCAACAAGGGUUACCACAGCUUGCUGAACUACACAAUGUUCGAGAAAACAGUGGCACUGAUGAUACGGAACACACGGUUCGUGCUGGUCAAGUAGAGGUACAUGCACAUUUGCAGUCGCAUCAGCAGCAGAAUUCACAACACAUUCAGCAACAAACACACCCACAGCAUAUAAUAGUAACUUUACAAGAACCUCAACAACCUAUGCAGCAUCAAAUAAUUGUAACUGAUUUAAAUCAAGCUACUGGGGCAGUUCUUUCGAGUAUGAGUGGACAUGGGCGUGCACGUGGUCGUCCUCCUAUGUAUGCCGCUGCAGCUGCUGCUAUUCAGCAACAGGGAAAUGUGGUAUUACCACCAGGACAGGCAAGUUUUGUACAGUUGGUGACAGUAGCGACUUCACCGAUGAUCAGUGAUACAGAAUUAAAGCCGUCAUAUCGAGUUGCUUCACGCCAUAUAAAUUCAAACCCACAUAGACGAGAUAUUUUAGCAGUUGCAACCGCUGCUUCUGUUGGUCCAACUGUAGGGAUUUCUCCAGAACAAAAGUUAGAAAUACAGAGGGCGAAACGAGCAGAACGAGCGAGAAUGCGUUAUCACAACAUGUCUGCUGAAGAACGGCGUAAUUUUAAUGCUCGUCGUGCGAAAGCUUUACGUACAGCUCGUAUGAGAGACGAUGAAUUAUGCCGAAUGGCAGAAAGAGCUCAAAUGUCUGGUACUACCCUGGAUGCAGACUUGAUGAUACAAGUUGCAGAAGCACAGCGUCGACGAGCAAAAAGAGCAGAAGCAGCUAGGCUGAAAUAUCACAGGAUGAGUAGUGAAGAACGGCGCCAAUAUAAUGCUAUGAGAGAUGCGCAACGCCGACAGAGGAAAAGGCAGAAGGAAGAACAGGAACUUCUGGAACGUGAACGUCAACAGCAAGCACAACAUCAACACCGGCAAGAUGAAAUUCAUCAAAAUACCCGUGAGCAGGAAUCAGGUCGUGAAGGCAAUGCAGACCAAAUUCUGUAUGAUUCAUACAUUCGUUAUGACAGCCAGAUCGAUCAUGGUUGGGCAGUGCAAAGUUGA